AUGCAACCUGCGUAUCCUCCCCGUCGCCCCGUCCCGCUGCUUCAUGCUGCACUGCACCCCCUCGUCUCGUCGUGCUCACUAUUCCCCCACUCCGCGUCUCUGCGCCUUUCCCACACCCCACAGCUGCUAAGCUCCACUGGACCGCCACGUCACGCGACGCCCUCAAGCUCGCAUUGGAGGAGGAUCUUUCAUGUUUCCCUCGUCCCCUCAUCCCCUCAUUCCGGAAGCCCUUAUCCCCCACUCUCCAUUUCCCCCAUUCACAGCUACAUGCUCCAUUGGACCAUCACUUCACGCAACGCCCUCAAGCUCGCAGUGGAGGAGCGGAGCAGCACGGGGGCGGGCGGCGGCGGGUGGCUCAUGCUGGCGUGGGCGCGCAAGGGGCAGCCAUUCCCCAGCGACGCCAUCUUCGGAAACCUCUUCGGCCGGCGUACCGUGGCAGCAUUCACCAUCAGCGGGCCCGGGGCGGCAGGCGCGCAGCCGGCGUCGUUCACCCUGGGGCGGACGGCGUUCGGCACGACGUUCAAUGGCGCCGUCAUGAAGUUCUCACGGCAGAGGGCGGACGGGGCAGUGCCAGUGAGCUACUAUGGCAGGAACCGGCUGCUGUGGGCCUUCACCACCGACUCCUCUGCCAACCCCGCCCUGCCGCCCUUCUACCGGGGCAUCUCAGUCGUUGAUUUCUCCUGCACCGCUAAUAACGAUGCUAGCAAUGGUGGUGGUGAUGGCGAUACCUCCUACGACCCCUCCCCUCCUCCACCCACCCGCACUCCCUCGCCCCCACCCUCCUCUAACUGCCUCGGCUCCCGCAAGUCGUCUUGCUCGGCUUCCAGCCUCCCCGGCUACACCUCCGUGGUUACCCUGGGCAAGGGGCUCAUGCUGCACUGGAAGCUCCUCACCACAACGAGUGCCGCCUUCUGCCUGCAGGCCAAGUCGGGCACGGCAGCAGCAGCGGGGGGGUGGGUGUCAGUGGCAUGGUCAAGGGGCGGCGCCAUGGUCCCUGCUGAUGCGGUCGUAGGGGCCCCUGGGGGUGCCGCCAGGACUUACGCCAUUACGAGCUACAGCUCCGUGGACCCCACCUCUCGGUUUAGCAUCACGGGAGGGUCCGUGAACUCGGGCUUCAAUGGCGUGCUGCUCAAGUAA